UCUUACUACCAAACAAUAAAGUGGGCACACCUCCCUACUUGUCUAAACUCCCUCUUGCCCACCUUCGCUUCUCGUUCGCCCUACGUUAGUAUGUCUCGUCUCAUCCUCUUCAUUCUUGCAUUAAAUCAUAAUUUCAAUGAGCACAAAUCAUGUCUUUGUUUGACAACUUACUAGAAACAUGGCUUCUGUUCCCAACCCAAUGCACCCUGUCCGAAGGCUUUUCGAGCUUCUGGAGGAGCAACAGGAGCCAUUUCUGCUCGAUGUCUACCUGUUGGAGCAUGGCUACUCCGACAGCAGAGCAAUGGAAGGCACUGUCACAUCCAUUUGUUGGCCUGGAAGUAGUUCUUGCAGUUGCAGGAAGCUAAGAAUAUUUGGCAUAUAUGGCUGGAGGAAGAACAGGGGUGGACUUCUCAGAUGCCUGCUCAACAAAUUUGCCUACACUAAGCUGAUAAGAAAAGCCUGGAGAUGGCCAAUCAAAGACAACAAAAGGGCAGUUGAAUUUCACAGGCUAUCUACUUCCGGUGGCACUGAAGAGGAAGAUCUGGACAAGGAGGUGCUUAGUCCUGUAUCAGUUCUUGAGCUACAAGCAGAGGAAGAGGUGUCGUCAAGUUCGAAUUUUGACUCGCCAACUGAGAGAAGUGAAUCUCCAUGGGCUUGCAUGGAUCCACAAAAAACCAGGAGGAGGUGCUGCUUUGAGCCACACCACUUUGUGGACAGCAGAGGAAACUUAAUUGAGGUGGGAAUUCUGUCAUGGGGCAAUUUAGCGCAUCUGAUAGCUUCAGAUUUAGCCAAAUCCAGGAGAGAAUGGACACAGUUCCAAGUUGAAGAAACAGAGGUCGGAGUUGAGAUUGAGCAGAUCAUCUUUGAGGAGAUCAGAGAAGAAAUCCUAUUUGAUGUUCUAGAUUCACUGUAAUUAACCUGUAAAUAAAAUAUCCACUCUAAUUGUGGGAUUAGCUGCUUAAUUACAGCACAUAUCUAUCAUUUUCUGGAUACAAUCUCUGGUCUGAACAUAUAUAACGCCAAAAGAAAAGACAAAAUCCUUAUUCCAUCUCAGCUUUCUUUUUGCCUCUGUAUAAUGAAUUCUACAAUAGUCAAUGGUGCAUUAGUUUCAUAGUAUGUAUGCCACAACAUUGAAGUUUAU